UGUCUUUUGUGUGUUUUGUGCCAGUCUGUGCUAAAGGUCUAAACCAUUUGAGUUUUUUAAAUGAGCUCUUUGCUUGAGUAUCACUUCACAACCAAGGCUUAAGUCUAGCCAGCUCGACUAAAAGAAACUGUGUCACCCAAUAGCGUUGGCUCCAUUGUCUGUGUGAAAGGCCUAAGUAGCACUCGGGGUAUUGUUUUCUUUUAAGGGGAGUAGGGUUACCUUGGCAACGGCAGGAUGCCUACCCAUAGGCCCUGAGACAGAGAAAAGGCCUGGCCAGAGAAGGAGGGAAAGAAAGCAAGAAAAAGACAAAAAAGGAGGCAAGGUCCUUUCCAGAUCCGACUUUAUUUCUUUUUUUUUGAGUGUGUGCGUUUUAGAAACAGGCCCGAUGGUUGCCAGUGGGCUGGGACGGAGACCCAAGGAGUGAGAACCACCAUCCUGCAAACUGAAGGCCAUGCAUGUUGCACUGAGGCCACGCAGUGGUUGCCUGGUGCUCUGUCUCUGUUUGUCUGUGUUGACACUGCUGCUGCAGAGCCUCUGGGUGCCAAUAGAGAUGACCAGGGAUGAACCUGCUGGAAGAUCACCUGAAGAACACGGUCAGCAUAGUCUCGGCUUUCGCAAGCUGGCUCUUCGCCUGGAGGCGUUGAGUACUCAAGUUCAGAGACUGAGCAGAGAGCGAGACGUCACCCAGCUGACCAGAGAUGAUCUCAGUGUGUUGCUGCAAAGCUUCAGACAGGACCAGCAAGGCUUAGCUCGCCUUGUAGAGAGGGAGCUGAGGAGUGUGUCACAGAGGCUUGACCAGCUCAGCCGUCCCCAUCAUCACCAUCAGACUCACACUCCAACACCACAUGAACAACUCAGACCACACACAGGGCCCAAUGAGGAGUGUGAGGUGCCAAUGGAUCCUGCGUAUCCACUGUGUGCAGAGAAAGUCAAGUUUCUGCAUGCUCGCUGGCAGGCUGACCCGUGUUAUGCCUUUUAUGGGGUGGAUGGUACAGUGUGUUCCAUACUGAGUUACCUCAGCCGAAUAGAAGAUUUUUGUCCUCCUCGUCCAAGAAGAAACAACUCUGAACCACUGUGGCACCAGAAACCUUACACCUAUACAGAAAAGGCUGAGAUACGUACAACUCUGACCCCUCUGUAUGAGGUCAUCGGUAACACCACUGGACCUGCCAUGGACUUCAUCCGGUCGAGAGUCCAGAGGAUGUCUGAGCAAUGGAUACAGGCCGGUCUGAAGAUGAGGCAAAGCAGAAACAUGACAAAGAUAAACCAGCUGAGGGUGUUGCUUUAUCCUGGUGCCCUAGCUGGUAGUGUUGGUCAGCGUUUUGAAACCAUGGUGAACCGAGGGGGUCCUCUUGGGGAGCUGGUCCAGUGGGCUGACCUCAGUGCCUGUCUGACUAUCCUGGGACACAACCUUACCUUCAGCACCUCACAGCAACAACUCCACAGUCUGAUAGGUGCAGCUCCAGGCAGAGGCAGCUGUCCAAUCCAGAGACCCCUGACCUUUGACCUCAUCUACACUGACUACCAUGGCCUUGCUCACCUUCAAGGUGCCAUGGGACUGGCUUUCCUGCAUUACAAGUGCCGCUUCAGAAUCCUGGACUCUUUUGGCACUGAACCAGCUUUCAACUUGGGGAGUUAUGCACACAGCCGUGGAUAUAAAACUCUGUGGGGCAGCUGGGGUCUGCAGCCUCUGCAGUACAUGACUAUGUUUCCUCAUACCCCUGAUAACUCCUUCCUGGGUUUUGCGAUCGGGGAAGCAGCAAGGAAGGAGGUGAGAGAAGAAGAGCUGGAGCCCGACACCUACAGGAAAGAAAGGGUCGCUGUCAUUUACGGCAAACAGGACUAUAUGUGGCAGGGUAAAUCUGAGUAUGUUGGGCUCGUCAGUGAAGAACUGGAGACCCAUGCUACAGUCUACCAGCCUGCAGGACAUGCCUCUAAUCUGCCCACAUUCAUAAAAAACCAUGGCUUGCUGACACAGGAAGACUUCUUACGACUUCUCCGCAGAGCCAAGGUGUUUGUAGGUCUUGGAUUCCCAUACGAAGGUCCUGCUCCCAUGGAGGCGAUAGCUCUGGGUUGCGUGUUCCUUCAGCCACGAUUUGACCCGCCACACUCCUCAGACAACAACGACUUCUACAAAGGAAAGCCCACCACAAGACAGAUCUCAUCUCAGCACCCUUAUGCUGAAAACUUCAUCGGUAAACCCCAUGUGUGGACUGUAGAUGUGAAUAACAAGACGGAUGUACGAGAGGCAGUCAGAGCCAUUCUGCGCACAGAGGUGAAGCCGUUCACUCCCCAGGAAUUCAGGUGUGAAGGAAUGCUGGAGAGAGUUCACAGUUAUAUCAAUCACCAGAAUUUCUGCACCAAAUCAGCUCCAACUUGGCCACCAGAAAGUGCUCUAAGAAUUCACCUGGGUCCUCUGGGUCAGUCAUGUGUGAGUGUGUGUCAUCGGUCUUCCCAUGUGUGUGAGCCUGCUUUGUUCCACCACCUGAACACACCUGCAGCAUUCACCAGGCUUGGAAUAGGCUGCUCCAGCACAGGGCAGGAGGCCAACCACAUGUUUCCUUCCUACACCCCUUGGGGUCGACACUGUGGCCUUCAGCAGGAACCUCUGCUGUUCAGUUGUGCCGGCUCUGACCCUUCUCACCGCAGAUUGUGUCCCUGCAGAGCUCACCUACCCGGACAGGUGGCUCUGUGCCCUGACUGCCUCUGAAAAUGAAUGCGAAAGCACUCAGGAAAUGUUUUCGAAGAGUGGACCAGAAGUAAUAAGACGGUGCUUAAUAAGAAGACAGCACCAAAGAGCCACCUGCAAUGCAUGCUGAAGGGGUAAAGAACUGAUCUUGACCAAAGAGAGGCAGCUGUUCUGCCAAUCUUUGUCAAAACAUUUGGCAUAUAACAGAGUGAAACAUGUUUAAGUCAAACAUUUUCAGUACUGUUUUCAGAGCAUCCUUGGCUUGUAGUAUUUUAUAGAAUUGACACAUGGUUGAAGAUUAUGAGACAAAAUGUGCCAAUAAGGUAAUAUCUACCUUUGUCACCUGUAUCCUUUAUCUAUAUUUUUAUGACAGUCAUUACUCAGGAGACGAAACUUUGUGAUUAUGAUUUCAUAAGAACUUAACUAUUGAAGGAUGAUAAUUUCUUGGCUGAGUGUCUUGUUUUUGUAGCUUUUCCUUGAUCCCUUUUGCAAAUCGUCUUUAAAUGACCAUGCAGUUUAGGGAAAUGGGUUUAUUUAAAUAAAUAUAAGUGAAAGUGGCACUUAUUAUUCAAAAGCCAUUUAAUCCUCAGUGUUUAACUUUCCCGCUCCUGCUACAGAUCCUAUGCAUUUCAGAGAGUUGCAAUAUUAUGCUUAAUAAGUAUCCAAUCAUUCAUAUGCUUACAGUUAUAUAUCAUACUGGUCAAUGUUGCAUGGGAUUACGGCUCAUGUAACCCCUGAAUGCAUUGCUGGCUGCAAAUAUUAGCCAGGGCCUCAGAGGAGAGUAUGACAGCCUAAGUGAUGAGGCUCAUUAUCUGAGUGAAUCAUGGAUGACCUCUGGAUGGCUUUGGGAGGUCACAGUCUUCUGACCAUGAUUAUACUGUCAUAUAAACCAUUGGUUCCCAACCGUCUUUGACUUAGGAAACCCCCUCAGCUGAUUCUUAAUCCGUGCCCUUUGCUAGUAAUAGCAGAAACUCAUUGUUUGUCUUGCAAACACAUACUUUGCGUAAUGUAGGGUGGAAAAAAAGUAACCGAAGGCAGGAUUAAUUAUGUUUUCUUGAGUUAUUUUACUAGAAAUUACACCUUAAAUGAUUUUGAUCAUAACAGAUGACUCACUUCACCCAGAGUUCUUGUGUUAUUCCUUGACUGCCUCAUGAACUACAGAGACUUGGAGUCCCCCCAGGGUUAUUUUACACCCCAGGUUGAUAUGAACAUGGAACAUGCUGUAUAUACAGUGAUUUGGCAUGCAUACAACACAAAGAGAGAUUCUAUGCGUGAACAUUUCCAUUUCAGAAAUCUAAAAUACUCACACAGACUUAUCCAAUCAUCCCUGCCUACAGAACAGCUCAUGAAAGGAACAAAUGAUAACAACUAAAGGCCAAACUGCAGCCCACAAUCACUGUUGUAAGUGAUGGGGUGCUGCACUUACAUGGCGCAGCUGUUAGCAAAGAUGGCUCCAAUAAUGGCAACAUGCUGCUGUUUUAAACUGGAUCAAUGUGAGGUUGUUCUUGGAAACAAAGCACUCAUUAAUGGUAUUUGGCAGAACAAGUGACGGUUCCGCCCGGAUACACUCUAUGGGACCAGAUCAUAUUGUCACUCAGGAAUCAGACUGCUCAGGGCUGUGAUAGCAGGACCUGUUGAGAAUGUGAUUGACAGGUAAAUGCCUGUGAAACAGUCCAUGAAAACUACUUUUGUAAUGACUUUGGGGGAUUCCGUUCAAUUAAAUUGGCACUGUCACGUGACUUUUGCUUUAUAUGCUGAAUGGUCCAAAGAUGAUGGAAAUAAACUUGUGUUCAUGUAAAAAAAAACAACUUUUUGGAUAGCAGGAAAAUAAAAGUUGCUUAAGACGCAGAGGGACGUUUCUGAAACACAUUUUUGGAAAGUGAUGUGUCAUUUCUGGAUGAGUCAUGUUAAUUCAUAUCAGUUACACAAGUCAUGGCAUAUAAAAGCUGUCACUCCCCUCCCAGGGGGCUGAUAGC